AUGAUUGCAGCUUCGCGCACCCCGAGUAUAUCAUCCUCCUCGGAGUACUUGGCGCUGACGCCCAAGGACAAAUUAUCGGAAAGUGAUACAUCUUUGUCUGAUAUUGAAGAGGCCGCAUUUCAGGGUCACCCGAAACCCGUUCUUCAUUCGAACAUACCAGAGCUGUUUUCUCAAAAUAUUGUCGCAAAGAUCAUUAGCACUGCAUCAAGAGCCUUUGAGGAUCCCCAUGUUUUCGACAUAGACACGGGAAAGAUUCUCGGAUUCCCAGAAACUGUCCCCCAGGAUGGACCGACCGCAGGCCAGUACGAGUUCCGUGAGCCCGAUUUCUGGACGUGUGGCUUUUUCCCUGGAUCUUUGUUCGCGAUGUUGGAACGAUCUAUCAAGCAUCCACAGCUGAUGUCACUCCAGCCAUCUGCCCUCUGCCCUGGGGUAGACAAGGUCCGCAGCAAACUUCGUUUUCUGUCCAAAGUAUGGGCCACUCCCCUUCACGACAUGGCCUUUCGAACAGAUACGCACGAUAUUGGAUUUAUCGUGAUGCCUGCUUUGAAGCGAGAGUGGGAACUCACAGGGAACGAGAAAAGCCUUCAAUCAAUAGUGCAAGCUGCUUGCAGUCUGGCUACCCGAUACGUACCAUCUGCGGGUGCUAUUCGCAGCUGGGACUGUUUGAUCAAGAAAGAGAUCACUGUCACCGACAUGAGUGACAACUUACUAGUCAUCAUUGACAGUCUCUGCAACCUCGACCUGCUUUAUUACGCCUCUGCUCAUACCGGAGACAAUACCCUGGCGGACAUGGCGACAGCGCAUGCACGCACCCUAUUACACACCCAUCUCCGUCCCGAGGCUGUGCAAGGAAGGGGCUAUAAAGGGCAACUCUACUCAACAUGCCAUGUAGCCAAUAUCGAACCCUCUUCUGGGGCGCUGAAGUGGCGAUGGACAGCACAAGGUUUUAACAAUCAGUCGACCUGGGCUCGCGGGCAGUCCUGGGCCAUCCUUGGCUACGCUCAGACCUACACGUGGACUAAAGAUGCCACAUUUCUGGACGCGGCAUGCGGAGCUGCGGAGUAUUUUCUCCAUAGAUUAGAAACGGCACCCUCCUGCGUGGAGGUCGAAACGGACAGGAGUCUCCCCGGCGAACCAACGCGAAAAAUAGGUCGGCACGUUCCACUUUGGGACUUUGAUGCUCCAGUAGAUGUCGUGGAUCCGCUGCGAGACUCGUCAGCAGGUGUUAUUGCUGCGAAUGGCUUGCUCAUUCUAUCCCAAUCACUCACGGGUGUCAACCGGGAGGCUCUCGCUCGACAUUUCCUCGACGCAGCCAUUGCUAUCGUCCGCGAUACGAUCGAUCUCUCGUUGGCUGAAACGGCGCACUUUGUUGGCGACAACGAGCUCAGUGUUGAAGAUUACAUUCAAGGCUCCAACUUCGCGGCGAUAUUGAAACAUGGAACGGCAAAUAACAACGAGAAUGCGCGACGACGCUACCAGAAUCACGGUUUGGUUUAUGGAGACUAUUAUCUGAUAGAAUUCGGUAACCGGCUACUUGAUUUGGGAUUCGUAUAG